UGGUGUUUGGUUAAAAACAAUUUUAAAAAAUUAAUAAAAAAAAUAUUUAAAAUUUUUUUAAACAAAAUGUUUGUAACACAUGAAAGUAAAUAUUCGAAAUAUACAGUAUUUUGCAUAAAUCUAGUAUUGUUGUUUAGUGCCAUUGGUUUGCUUAUUACGGGAUUUUAUGUUACCCGCAUAUUUUCUGAAUAUGACCCAUUUUUAAUACCGGAAUUUAGAUGGUUUUCUAUUUCUUCGUUUUUCAUGGGAGUCAUUAUUGCAAUACUUUCCUUGUGCGCUUGUUGGGCAGCUUUGAAAGAAAGUUACUGUAUAACUUUAACAUUUUCCAUAUUACUCGCCUUAUCAUCUCUGUUGACUUUAGCAAUCGGUAUUUUUAGUUAUCUCUUAAGGCCACAUAUUCUAAAUCUUAUUACAUAUCCCAUGUCAAGUGCUUUAAAGAGCUACGAUCCAGUCCAAGUUAACGUAGAAACUUUUAUGUGGGAUUAUCUACAAAAAAGUUUUAGCUGUUGUGGCCUGUUCAGCUCCAACGAUUGGCAAUAUUUAUCUAAUGAUCUAUUACCCCUUUCCUGUUGUUCGAUGCCCAGUGGUGCUAUGGGAAAUUUUACAUGUACUUAUUUUCUAGAUGAUACGAAUCGAUAUCAGUCUGGUUGUCUCAUUUAUUUCUCUUUUUAUAUAGAGUCUCAAUUUACUAAUCUAGGAAAUGCUGGCAUUGCUAUUACUUUUAUUAUGUUCGUUGGUAUAAUACUGGUCACUUAUUUUGCGCGUGCAUUUAAAAACCCUUAUAUUCUAGCAAAUGCAGCGGCUCGUAUAUAUUAUUUAAGUAAAUAAAAAUGUCAUCGAAAAUUAUAUGUAUAUAUUAAAAUUUAAUUAAAAGUCAACCUUGGAAAAACUAAACUAAGUACAACUGAAUUACACCUAAACUAGAACUAAACUUGAAUUUAAACUGAACUUGAACUGAACUAGAACUGAACUAGAACUGAACUAGAACUGAACUAGAA